AUGAUUUGUCGCGAUUUAUGGGUCCGGAUUAUUCUAGUAACAUCAUGCUCGUUCUGUGAGUCGAUUCUAAUCAGUAAUUCAAAAACUACCAGUAAGUUCCAAAAAGGUGUAUAUCCAGACUCCUUUCAAAAUUCAGUUAACAAGUCGUCGGAAUUUUCAAACAAAUCAACACCUCCAGCGGGUUAUGUAGAGUGCAACUUGUCAAAUUCAACAUCACAAUCCUCUUUUCUACCAUCACGCAGUCUUCGCGCUGUUUCUGGUGUUGACAACAUAGGAACUGUUGUUUCCGGUGAUGAUAAUUUGACGGCGACAUUCAAUCAAAACUCAUUCGCUAACACAUCUCUACAUGAUUUCAAUUCAUAUUUUAGCCCAAACGAGUUGAACAAAAAUGGUUCAACCACAGAUAGCAAGGAUGACACAACGUUAUUAAAUACAAACAAUACCGACCGAGCAUUACCAAUCGAUUACUAUAACUACUUGUUGCAUUAUUUAAAUGGAACCGGACACCUACUAACCGACGAUGUGGAUCGGCUUGUUAGUGCAACAGAUGCCGACCAAUCUGAAAUCGAGUUUCCAUAUUACGAUCAUCCUCCGGCAAGUGAGAGAAAUAAUGAUACCGAUAUAAGCAUAAUUAUGAACGAUACCGACCGAUCUAUAUUCGGUUACAAAUAUAUCGACCCGACAACAAUCGAUGUAGAGGGUAGGAAUUCAGUUGAAAUGUUGAAUGAUACCUUGAAUGGUAUCGAUCAAUCGACAGUUUUUGUAAACGAUAUUCACGAUAUAUUGCAUUUCUAUCAUUAUUACACUGACGUCAAUGGUACAGAUGUAUUAACACUCGACAGCGAUCAAUCAGAAAUCGAAUUCUAUGAUGCCACUUCAACAAACAAUUUUAGUGAUACCGGACCCACUGAACUGAAUGUAAAUGAUACUUACUAUGCCGAUAAUUCAACAAUUGUUCAAUCAAAAUAUCAUUUGAAUGGUACUAACCAAUCUAUUUAUGAUUUGAAUGAUACCGAUAAAACCACUUUCGAUUAUAAUGAUACCAACCAGUCGAUCUAUCAUCUAAACCAUACCAACAAAUCAAUAUAUGAUUUUAAUGUUACCGACCGACCAAUAUAUGACUAUAACGACACCCAAAAAUCGAUAUUUAACGAUACAAAUCAAUCGAUAUUCCAUUUCAAACAUACCGACCAGUCAACAAAGUUCACUUUUACUACAAAGGGUAGAUUGACAAAAUCGACAGUGGCGGGAAAGCCAAGACCUCUCGUUAACGAUUACCACCAAAAGCUCUGGGACCAACUGAAUAAUGGCAUACCGUUAACCACUAAUGAAUAUGAAUAUUCAAUUGGCGAAAAUAGGAAAAGUGAUGUUUUGCCAACUGAUAGUUUGAUAUAUUCUGAAAGCCUGUCAUUUGCGUACAGACCAAAUGUUACAAAUAUUUUAUGGCAAAUUUUUUUAGUUGAAAUUAUAAUUUUCAUAAUGAAGUAA